GCUACUAAUCAGUUUUGUAAGUUUUAACAUAUUUUGGACAUUUAGAAGCAUCUCGAGCCAUCAUGGAAGACCGAGAACACAUUUGGUCAAUUUUGGGUCAAGAUACAGUUGACCAGUGAACAGGUCAACCUUUCUAUGGCAGCCUGCCAUCUCCCGUAGUCCAUCCAGUAAAGCAGCAGCAAAGAAUCCAACGGGCAGCAGAGCAACCCGCAGGAGGAGAACAGGAUGGCAGCAGCGAAGUCACGGCCACACGCCGGGAUCCAGGACAUCACCAUCGCCAUAGCCCACGCAAUCACUACCAGCCGUCAUCCUCACGAGACUGCACUUCUACGCUUCGGCCAACCGCCCUGGUCUCUACCUAAUCACCGUUGCAGGCGUCCCUCAAGAUGGAGAAGGUUCGCUGCCGCCGACCUCGAUAAUCGCUUAAGUUUCGUCGGAGGAGAAGACCCGUGGCAGAAGCUCGACACGUCCAUUGUAUCCGCUCAACGGCUUUGGCAUCAGAGAGGAAAAGAGCUGCAGCCGCAGCUAUGGUGAAGUUGAAGAUCGGCCCUGCUGCUGCGUACGAACUACGGAGAAGAAAUGGGCCUGCAACCCUAUUCUGAUUUGAAGCACAGAAUGACGAAACUACCCCCAGUUUGCUCUGUAUUCAUUUUCAGACCUUCUACCCUUAGUAGUCAUUUGCCUAGCCCGAAUUUGUCACUUUAAAUAUCAGUUGCAGAUCAGAUUUGUGGGGAAGCCAUUAGAGAAGUCACAUUAGAAUAGAUUUUACAUUUUAGAUUAAGGUUUCUACAUUUCAUCUCUCUAGCAUUAGUGUAGAUUUGUAGAGGUCUCUACUCCAAGAUUCAAGCUUUCUACUUGCAUUUCAAUGGAUUGCUUCUCAACUUUAAAGGGUAUUCUUCUACACUUAUUACUUUAUUUACAUUCAAAGUUUUAGUCUUUAGUUUUAUUUAUGCACUUUUAUGUUAAUGUUCUUGUUUUAUUUCCAAUGCAUGAGUAGUUAGAUGGGUUAGGGGCUGUUUGGAGCAUAUUUAUGUGAUUGAAAUGUUGGGUGACUAGUAUUGAAUUUUAUUGCUUGAAAUGUGUUUGUGAAAAUGCCUUAAUGACAUUAGUUAAUGCAAUUUUGAGAAACCUUGUAUUUAAUUAUUUGGGAAUAUUUAGAUGAGAAUCGGAUAUUCAUUUGUCCCUUUCACACACACCUAGGCACAACCAUGAGAGUGGCAGGCCUAGGGGGCUUCUUUGCUUUGGAUCAUUUUCAUUGGCGUCGAUAGGCGGUUCCGGACCAUGAGAGUGGCCAAGAUCGUCUAUUGAUCGAUCAUACGACCACGAGAGUGGCGGAGGAACCGUUGUGCAUGCUCUUUCUCGUAAUAAAGUUCUAAUACUAUUUUAUCCAACCCUCAAUUGCAAUGUGAGUUCCAAACAUGCCCCCGACACCCUUUUGCAUCUUUAUUUCGUAGUUUAGCUCAUUUAGCAUCUCCUCUUGAUCAUGUUUGUGUUUUAGCCUCAUUUGCUCCACUUUAGUGACAUAUUUGUCUAUUCGAUCGUUGCACUCACUUACACGCCAUCCUUGUGGUUCGACAAACCCCAUCCCGUUUACCACUAUACAUUUUACUUCUCUCGCACUCACAUUUACACUUCAUUUUCCUUCUUUUUGAUUGACUCGGGAUUCGCACGCAACGACCUAUAUCUGUUAUAUUAUAGGCGGGUCCCGAGGUCAUCAGGAAGACACAACCUCUAGACAUUGCUAGGAGAAGAACAAAACAUACGCUCAAAUGAAGCGGACAUAACUCUCAGUCAAAGAAGAUGUCGGACUAAAACCACAACCCUAGAAGAUAGAAAUAAAAAAGAGAGGCAACAUAGGAAACCUUUGAUUCAUUACUGCCCGUAGAACAUCGCAAUUAUCAAAACUCUUGCCACUAUGAGAGAAGAAGCCAAAAGAUUAAAUCGUCCAGGAACUCGUCGCCUAGGGUUCCCCUAGGGCUGACUCAUGUUCCGCAUCUUCAUGUUGUUUGCAAGUGAUUUUAUAUUUCCUUGCAGCUUCAUCAUAUGCACCGUACCACCCUCAUGGUAAUCUUCUUAAACACAAAAUUUUUGCAUAUAUAUAUAGAGUCAUUCUCUUGUCCAGCAGGUUUUGGUCCGAACGCAUUCCGAACACCGCCGUUUGGGGAGGUUCCCGGUAGGAUUUUUUAUAAUAUUUUUAUGAUAUGUUCUGUGCAAAAUAAUUUUGAUCUUAACUGUGCAAAAUUAUACAGAGAAAAACGCAGUCCACUUCCAAUUUUUUUUACAGCUUUCCCGAUCGAAUUCUAAGUUGAAAGUUUUUGUGGAUAAAUUAGACUUGAUGAAGAACAUACCAUAAAAAUUUCACAAAAAAGGUCUACCGGGAACCGCCCCUAACGGCGGUGUUCAGACGGUGCCUCAGGUCCGAACGUUAGAACCUGAGAAUUUUCGUGUACACACACACACAC